GUGCGAUGUGCGUAAGGAUGAGUUGAGUGGAGGAGCAGCAGAGGAAGCGGUGUGUCUUGAAACAGCUGCUCACAGAUCUAACUCCGCUUGGAAACAGGAGCGAGUGUUUCACUCUGAGCGCAUUUACGCACGGUCUCUACAAGUGUUUUUUCACGCUCCGACAAAUAAUUUGCACACAGAUUGGCUUUAUUGCCUUCACUGAAUCUUAGACAUGAUGAUAAUCCUCGCGGAGUUUUUCGUGGUAAUUCUCAAGGUACUUUGGGCGUUUGUGGCCGCCGGGGCCAAAUGGGUGGUCAAACCAAAGGAGAAGAGCGUAGCGGGACAGGUGUGCGUGAUCACCGGUGCUGGCAGCGGCCUGGGGCGGCUCUUUGCAAAGGAGUUUGCUCGGAGACGGGCCGUCCUGGUGUUGUGGGACAUUAACAGCCAGAGCAACGAGGAAACCGCGGAGAUGGUGCGCCAGAUUUACCACGAACUAGACACUCCAGUGGCUAAAGAUGGACCUGUUGGCGGAGUGGAGGAAGUCCCACCGUUUCAGCCGCAGGUCUACACUUACGUGUGCGAUGUGGGCAAGCGGGAAAGCGUUUACUCCACGGCCGAGAAGGUGCGCCGUGAGGUGGGAGAGGUGGACAUACUGAUCAACAACGCCGGUGUGGUUUCCGGGCAUCAUCUGUUGGAGUGUCCAGAUGAACUAAUUGAACGCACCAUGGUGGUCAACUGCCAUGCGCACUUUUGGACCACCAAGGCGUUUCUCCCCAAGAUGCUGGAACUGAAUCAUGGCCACAUUGUGACAGUUGCCAGCUCCCUGGGUUUAUUCAGCACAGCUGGAGUGGAGGAUUACUGUGCAAGUAAGUUUGGUGCCAUUGGCUUCCAUGAAUCACUGAGCCAUGAGCUGAAAGCCUCAGAGAAGGAUGGCAUCAACAUGACACUGGUGUGCCCUUACCUGAUGGACACUGGCAUGUUCAAGGGCUGCAGGAUAAGAAAGGAAAUUGAGCCAUUCUUGCCCCCGCUGAAGCCUGAGUUCUGUGUGAAGCAGGCCAUGAGGGCUAUCCUGACGGACCAGCCUAUGGUCUGCACUCCUCGCAUCAUCUACAUGGUGAACUUCAUGAAAAGCAUCCUGCCCUUUGAAGCCAUUGUCUGCAUGUACCGGUUUCUUGGUGCCGACAAAUGCAUGUACCCCUUCCUAGCUCAAAGAAAAGAGGCCAUGAACAACAAUGAAGCAAAGAAUGGGAUCUAGAGGGCGCUGUCUGCAACCCGUACAGGGUGCACAUAAACCUGCAAGUGAGGAAACAACCACUGUGGAUGACAAUGGGACAACAGAAGGAGAGCAGACGGACUUUAGACUGGGGCACUUGCAUUGAGCAAAUGCAAAGGUUUACCAUAUUGUUCCUCUGGGACAAAGAAAGCUGUGUACUACACAAGAUUUAUUUGACUUUUGUUUUGUCGUAUUAUUUGUAAAAGAAAACAUCUAUAUUCUGUCACUAGUUUUUUAAAAAAUCAUGCAGAAAAGGUAUCCAAUAAUCAACUAUUUACCUAAUGUAGUCACCAGCCUUAUCUAGAGUCAUUGUGAAUAUGCAGUAUGUUGCUGUAUGAACAGUAAAUAUUUUCACUUUUGUAGACAUGCACUGUAAUUUUGACACUGCCACCUUUCUGUGUGGGGUUGGGUCAAACCAGCAGCGACCUACCAGCAUCCCUCGUCUAUUUUAUGCAUUGUAAUACAAUUCACAUGAUAUCAAAGUUUUGUUCUGAACACAAAACAUUUUGACAGUGAAGUCUACACAUUCCAAAUGGGACUAAUGGCUCGUGACCCACUCCUGAGUUUCACUUUAAAAUGGAGUACGUGUCCUGGGCCGAAGCAGCAUGUGUGUCGUGUUAACUGUACUGAGACAUAGAGGAAAUAAGGGUUAUGGAGAGAACGCGUAUCCUCUGUAAAUGUUUAUAUUGUAAAUGUAUGUUACCAAUAUGUUUUUGAAUUUUAAGCCCUCUCCUUCAUAGGCAGAUAGGCCAGUGACUACCACAGCUGUAAUGUGAGUAGCAUGAGCGUCUGUCCCUGUAAAAUGCUCAAUGUUGUGAAUACACUACAACCCACAUGUCUGCUCUGACUGUCUGAUGCAUCGUUUAAACCUACAUUCCAACAGGCCUGAUUCCUUAGUCACAAAGAUGAGCCUAAAUCCUCUACCUCUUAAUUUUCUUUUUAUUUUGACCGCAUCACAAUGUUUCUUAUUUUGUAAUAAUUUCUGGACUGCUCUAGAGUUGAGCAAAAUGUGGUUUUGAUGUUUAGUGUCUCUACCUAACUUAAAAUAAUAAAGUAAACUAGAUUAUUAAA